GAUUUCAGGACCCACCCCGUUUUAUUUACCCCCGAUCUCACCCUCUUUACCCCCGCCCACCGCUUCAUGUCGUUUUAACCCUACGCGAUAUGUACAGAUAUUAUCACAGCCAACUGCGAGGGAAGCAUAGCCUGCUGAAAAAUACCGCUAAAAACAGGCUCCCUCGAAAAAUGAAUGUGUUUUGAGUUAUACCGGAGAGAGUAGUGAAGAUGGGCUGCUGCUCGGGGAGGUGUAUGUUGAUGUUCUUCUGCGCUCUUCAGCUGAUCACUGCUGUGGAGAGACAGGUGUUCGACUUUCUAGGUUACCAGUGGGCGCCCAUCCUUGUCAAUUUCCUGCAUGUCAUAGUGGUGAUAUUGGGCUUGUUUGGGACAAUCCAGUAUAAACCCCGCUAUGUAGUUUUGUAUAUAGUCUGGACCAUAUUUUGGGUGACUUGGAAUGUCUUUAUCUGUUGCCUUUAUCUAGACCUUGGAGGACUUUCAAAGGAUAGCAAUUAUCUGUCAUUGGGACUUUCAUCUUACCGUUCGUGGUGGAAGGACAAUGGUCCAGGCUGUGAGGACAGCAACCUCCCAACCGCUAGAUGGCAGCAUCUGGAAAGUCCUGCUCUGGUCUCUGAGCUGGGCUGUGCGUUAGAAUAUCAGUACAUCGAAGUUAUGCACAGCGCCCUGCAACUGUUCAUUUCUGCCCUGGGAUUUGUAUUCGCCUGCUAUGUUGUCAACAUCUUCAAUGAAGAGGAAGACACAUAUUUGUAUAAGUGACGGUGCCCAGAUCUCAUCUACAUUUUUAAACAGAGAAGGAACAUUGAGAAGGGAAAGAGAUGGAAGAAAAGGACAUUAACCAUUCUCAGAAUGGAUUGGAUGGAUUCCAAAUGAUGUAUACAUGUAUAAACAUAACAAUACACACACAUCAAGAAAAUAAGAGUGAUGUGAAUAUGUGAAAAUGAAAAGUCAAAGGUAUGUGUGCUUUAUUAUUAUUAUUUUGCCUAAUGACAGCAAGGGAACAAGAAGCGAGUCACAAGGCAUCCGUCUAACUAUUCAUCCAAAGCCAAAGGAUACAGCAGAGGACCUCACAUGCUUUUAUGAAGACAUAUUUAUUUCCCUUUCAGGAUAUGUUUGUUUUUUCUUCUUCUGUGGAACAGUUUUGCAUACCGUUUGUGUAUGUGGCUUCUAAUUUUACAGUUCAAGCGGUAGCCUAUAUUUUGUACACUGUAAACAUAUUGUAUAGAGCUCUUUCGGGUUAAUAGUGGAGAUUAAAUAAAGAAGAAUGAUUUGCUUUACAUGCACUUGUGUCAUUACACAGCAAAAUGCUGUUAAAUGUUUAAUGUUCUACAUCUGUCUUUUUUUUACUAUCAGUAACUAAUGCAAGCCAUAUUCUUGGAGAGCGAGAAUAGGAGAGAGCAAUUAUAAUACCUGCAUGUGCUGGUCUGUGUCUUACAAGCAAAACAGAAACAUUGUAAGAUAACACCAUUUUUUAAACGUAAAACAGCAUUUACUGAACACUGUAUUUUGAAUGCUAGCUGUAGUGUGUCAUAUCAUCAUUUAUUUUGUUAUCAGUUGUAUCUGUAGUGAAUAUCUCAAUAAAUACUUGUUUGGAAAAACA